GUGUUCACUGAUUAUACGGAGCCAUUGGUAGUGGGUGCUUGUAAAAGUGCGGUGGUGUGUCGUGAUACAGGACAAUCUGUCUGUUUUUAUUGAUAAACAUAUGUAAAUAUUACAUCUGAUAAAGUUUUUAGUGUCGCUGCGACACAUGUGCUCGAUACGGCGUUUAAAAAUAAUUUUACUUACCGACAUUUUUGUAUUAGAAAAUCAUUUUGUGAGUGACAAAUUUAAAAGUUUUAAAAGUAAUGUAAUGAGAUGACAUAUUGGAAACGAACGAAGAGGUUAACAAAUAAAUAAACACAAAGGAAUACCCACAAAGAAAAGAAAAAGAACAAAGGAAAGAUAAAUAAAACAAAAGAAAGUAUUUGACUGAAGGUAAAACAAAUAUCGAGGAAGAUGGACAUCACCACAGCACGAGCAAUUUCGAUGCUCACAUUGGGCUUAGGAGCAUUCUUCUCAGGAAUGCUACCAGCAUGUUUCUCAGAAGCGGCAAGACAGAGACAUCCUCUCCUACUAUCCUGCCUUCUGUGCUUCGGAGGAGGAGUCCUUUUAUCGACCUCCUUAGUCCACAUGCUGCCAGAGACAAGAGAACGGCUACCACAAUAUUCGGAGCUGACUUUAUGCCUCGGAUUCUUUACAGUAUACUUGGUGGAUGAACUGUCCCAUCUUUUCUAUAGAAGUGAAAAUCAUGAGAGAGAUAUUCCAGUUGGUGAGCAGACAAGACUGUUGCCCAGAGACCAUGAUGGGGAGAUGAGGGAGAGGGAAGGAACUUCAGAGCUUUGCCAUGUGAGCCAUGCAGAGCCUUGUAACAGAAGUUCCUCCAGCGUUGUCGGGUUACUGUCUGCUUUGUUCGUCCACAGUGUCCUUGAAGGGCUAGCUAUAGGACUACAGGAAAGUGCUACACAGGUGCUCCUUUUGUUGGCUGCAGUGAGUUCUCACAAGUUCGUGGUCGGCUUCUGUUUGGGUGCCGAGCUCUGCGAGAAUUUCCCGUCUCGGGCUUGUGCACACGUUCUGUGUAUAGCUCUCUUCAGUGCAGGAUCCGUCGCUGGAAUCGGUAUUGGCGCAGGAUUGGAAACUGUCAAUUCAUUGAAGGAAUCUAUUGCUGUGCCGGUCAUGCAGGGUUUGGCAGCUGGUACGCUACUGUACGUUACCGUUAGUGAAGUCCUUCCCCGCGAGAGGGCGCGCUGGCAUGAGCGCAAAAGGAGCGCAGGAUUGUUACAGUUCCUUUCCGUUGGACUUGGUUUUGGUUUGAUGUAUUUGACCACAAUAUACUUGGAUCACGACGCUGAAUAAUAAUUAUUAUUUAGGAGUUAAAGUUAGAGGUGUGACGUUAAGUACUUAAUUGUACUGUAAUUGCGUUAUAAAUGAAGACUUGUAUUUUUAUUAUAUUAUUAGGAACAGUUAAUUAGUUGUGUAAUGUUCCA